CAACUUUAAAGUUGCUAUCCCCUCCCUCCCUGACAGGCUGCCCGUCAGUCGCAAGCUAUUUCAUGCCAGGCUUGUGAUCCUUUCUAGCUUUAAGCCUUCUGACCCUGGCGGCCUCAUCAUCCGGAUGAAGCUCGGUUUGAACUGGAAGAGGAAGGUGCAUGUUCUUAGACUGCCAGUGACCAGCUCCGCUGCCACAUUUUUCAUUUAGUUGUUUUAUUAUUAUUUCCCUCGCUCUCUCUCUCUGGAUGCAAAUGGCAGAGCCGAAGGGGAAGCGCCAGAAAACCUGCCUGCCCAUUUGCCCCUUCCAUCAGCCGGUGCCUGGGACCCAGGUGAAGCAGAACUACCCUGCGAGUGUGGAGGAGGCGGUGUGCGGGCUCAUCACACUCUUCUACGAGGUCUCCUACCGCUUCCAGGCUCUGGCGGAGAUCUUCGAACAAAAUGACGUUGCUUUGCCUAGAGUUUCUGGCUAUUUCCGGAAAGUAGCAGAAGAGGAGGAGCAGAAUGCCGAAACCUUACUCGAGUACCAGAAGGAGCGAGGGGGUCACUACUGUGCCAAGGACAUUAAGAAACCCAGGACCGAGUCGGUCCAGAACAUUUGCCAAGCGCUGGAUCUGACAAUCCGCCAGUGGAAAACGGUGGCGAACUACUUGGAAGAACUCUGUGCACUGGGCAAAAGCUGCACGGACCCUCACACCAGCAGCUUCGUCAGGAAACGUCUACUCGUCCCCAAAAUCCAACAAAUCAAAGUGGCCAGCGACUUGAUCACCAACGCUACCCGCCUGGGUUGUACGGAUGAAGGGAACGUUAGCUUUGGGGAAUACCUCAUUGACCGUCUGCAGGAAGAGUUACAGAGACCACCUGUCUGAGGCGGUCAUCGUUUUUAUUACGUCCCUCAAACCAAAGAUCACAACUUUCCUAUCUGCAUUGCAUCCAGUUCUCUCCUUUAGAAAGAUUCUCCCUUCUUCUAGGUUAAUGAUUUAAACGUCUCUUUUUUAAAAAAAAACAUAUAGUGUUGCAUAAGACUUAUUUUUAAAAAUAUGAAAAUUGAUCAAUCACGGAGAAUAAAGGUUGCUAUCUGUAAGUCCUGCAAUAGGACCCCAGGUAAACUGCACUUUCUGUUGGUGGAAGUGUAGGGAAGGUAUAUAGGGACCCGCUUAUAAAGAGUAUUUCGGUACAAAAUCUCCAGGUUACUUUUUUGAAAUUUAAUUAUAAAGAAUAACUAGAAGUGAGAACAGGAUUUUGAUAAAAUAUGCACCCAUCCCUUUUCCCCAAGUACCUCAGUUAAUGUUAAUAUUCCCUCAAUAUUUCACUAGUUAACCUCAUCCUGGAUAUGGCCCAUCUCCUAACACGGGAAUUGUGUUGCUAUUCAAUAUCGAACUGACUAAAGAAAUGGGGCAUUCUCUGCGGUCUUUUUAAGAGGACGCCUUUUUCUCCGUGUGCAAUGUGGGAUAGUCCUAGUGAAGCCACUACAUCAUAGAUCGGUCCUUAUUUCGAUGUUUCUGCAAUGACACACAAUUAUAAAACCAAGACUAUUAUAAAAUCUGUCCGAUCUAGAAGCUUGUCGUCCCUACAAGUAGCACCUGAGAGGGACCAACACCCGUUAGCCUGUAUGCGUGGUGUGUUCGGUGCUCCUGUAUAUAUUCUCUGCUGCGGGCCAAUCUUUCGCUGCAUUUAUGGCGCCUCCUCGUUUGUCAGGCAAAUUUCAUGUUUCUACUUCGUUCAGAAAUCCAGCCAUUUUAUUUUUGCGACUUUUGAUUAGGGUAAUUUGACGCUAGAUAUCUAUGAAAUGCUAUGGCAGCACCUUCUUUGGUGAAUUGAGUUUCCGAACUGCACUUGUUGCUCGUUAAAGGGUGCAUUGCUUUGAGCUAUCGCAUUGCAGUAAUUAUGUUGUGGCUCAUAGCGGGUCCUACACUUUUUAAAAAAGACAUUUUGUUAAACAUACUCCGCAAGUGGCAGCUCUAUAUCACAAUCAAGUGGGAUCGCUUACUAGGAAAGGUAUGACUUCACUUUACAAAGCUAAGGGAUCUGGGAUAAUCUAUUUUAUGCCAUAAGUGGGUUCUCGGCAAGUCCUCAAUUUCUACCGACUCGGGGAUGAAUGUACACAAUAGUUUUCAAUGCAUGCAGUGAGAAUCUUUGAGGACAUUGGGAUCCUUCCGUUUCUCCUUCCUCACCCUCGCCUCCCCCCACCCCGCACCUUCAAAAAUGGGAAAGAAUUUUAAAAUGACAGGAUGGGGGGGUAUUCGAACAAGGUUCCGGGGGUGGGGGGGGUGGUGGAAUUGUGUGCUUUACCAGCUUCCCUGCACUACUCCUGUUCUCCACUCCCCCGCGGAGUUCUUACCUGCCUCCUCUUGGCAUCCCAGAGGCACCGGCAGGAAUGACAAGUGCGGGCCCCUUACACUGUCAUCCAUUCGACACUUCCAAUAUUUUAGAACAAAAAUUAAGGUACGGUUUUAUAACCUGUCGAGAAGUCGAAAGAUUCUCGCAGUAUAUCUUUUUCUUAAAGCAGAGUUUUUGAAAACUAUUUUCUAAAUAUGUUUCAUACAGUUUUUUACAGAAAGAUGUUUUAGCUUUCUUGCUUACACUCCAUUGGGAUCGGUAAACUGUAUUGUGGAACUGGUUCACAAUCUGCCCCUCUUCUAUCUCACUGACUACAGUCAAUGUUCAAUGUCCAUGUGCCAGUGACGGGAUGAACUGUGUGGCUAGGUUGCUCUAAGGUGGUUUUAAUGGGCGUUUAUAUUGGCGAAAUUCAUCUCACUGUUUUACAAUAGAUGAUAUACCCGAUACCUGUUUGUGCCCAGAAUCAAAUAAAGAGUCUGAGAAAAA